AUGGCUUUGGCAUCCGUCCCAAUAACACACGGCAGUGACAGUAUGCUGAGCUCGGUCGCAGCGCUGAACGGCCGCGUCUUCGACACCGACCCCGUCAUCGCGUACAUGCUACUAGGCAUGUCUCAGCAAGAAAGGUUGGCUUAUCUGCCGACAUACUGGACCGCGCUCAUCAAGUCAGCCUUGCUUAAUCACGCAGUGAUCACCGAAGCCGAUGGCUGGAAGGCGGCCUCAGUCAUGAUUCCACCUGGUGGAUACAUUGACAAUGCCUGGACUCUUCUGUGGGCUGGAUUUCUGGGCGUGCUGUGGAGAAUAGGACUCCCAGGCGUUAAGCGCCUUUGGUUUGAAUUCUCUGGUAUGACCGACAACGCCAAGAGAAAUGGUCUACGUGGACAGAACCAGUACUACUACGUCUUCAGUCUCGGAACCGAGCACGAACACCGUGGCAAAGGCCUCGCCAAAGCGAUCAUGCGGGAUCACCAGCAGACAGCCCAAGCCGCGAACCUCCCAAUCUGGCUCGAAGCAACGACUGCAGGCUCGCGCGCUCUCUACCUGUCGAUGGGAUUUGAGGAAAUUGAGGAGAUUCGGCUCGGGAAGGGUAAGGUCGCUGCUGAUUCUAGCCUUCAGUCUGACGGGCCAGGGGUAUCCCUUUGGGCGAUGGUCUGGUGGCCAAAGCCAACUCCUGAACCUAUUUCCUAG